GCGGCCGUGCCCCCCAAAGCCCGUUCAGGAGCUGUGCUGCCCGCCCGGGGAGCGGCAGACCCUCAAGAAAAAUCCCCUCGGAGCAAACAGUGAGCACACUCUCAAGCUACCCUGCUCUGCCCAUGCUCCUGAAGACAACUUUUGGAGGCAACAAGGCAGUACUGUCCCGUCUGGGCGGCACAGGGGCAGCUCGUGGACAGCAGGUGCUGAGGGGCUGCUCUUGCAGGUCACCCUCCGCCAUCAUGCUGGAGAAAGAGCCCCCCAACUCCAGCGAAGGCCAGCAAGGCUGGUUCUCAGCCAGGAACGGCAGUGGCAGCUCCUUGGAUCUGGAGUCUGUGGUGCAACCCCUCGCCUUGAACCUGUGGGACGUUGUCCUCUGCAUCUCGGGGACCAUCAUCUCCUGUGAGAACGCCAUCGUGGUGGUGGUCAUCUUCUACACCCCGGCUUUCCGCGCCCCAAUGUUCCUCCUGAUCGGCAGCUUGGCCACAGCCGACCUCCUGGCAGGCUUGGGGUUGAUCCUGCACUUUGCCUUUGUGUACUUGAUUCCGUCGGAAGCGGUCAGCCUGCUCACCGUGGGGCUCCUGGUCACCUCCUUCACGGCCAGCGUGGGCAGCCUGCUGACCAUCACCAUCGACCGCUACCUGUCCCUCUACAACGCCCUCACCUACUACUCGGAGAGGACGGUCACCAGGACUUACAUCAUGUUGAUCCUCACCUGGGGAGCCUCCAUCUGCUACGGGCUGCUGCCCGUCAUGGGCUGGAACUGCCUGAAGGAGCCCUCCGCCUGCAGCAUCGUCAGACCGCUGACCAAGAGCCACCUCAUCAUCCUGUCCGUCUCCUUCUUGGCGGUGUUCGCGGCGAUGCUGCAGCUGUACGUGCAGAUCUGUAGGAUCGUGUGCCGGCACGCGCACCAGAUCGCCGUGCAGAGGCACUUCUUGGCCAGCUCCCACUACGACACCACCCGCAAGGGCAUCGCCACCCUUGCCGUCAUCCUGGGCACCUUCGCGUCCUGCUGGCUGCCCUUCGCCGUGUACGGGCUGCUGGGCGACGACAGCUCCCCGGCCCUCUACACCUACGUCACCUUGCUCCCCGCCACCUACAACUCCAUGCUCAAUCCCGUCAUUUACGCCUUCAGGAACCAGGAGAUCCAGAAAGUGCUGUGGGCCGUGUGCUGCGGCUGCUUCUCCUCCACGCUGCCUUUCCGCUCCCGCUCCCCCAGUGACGUCUGACGUGCCCCCCCCGCAUCUUCCUCUUACCGGUUGCAGUCGGGGAUUUGCUUUGAUUCCCCCUUUUCAUUCCCAGAGGCACAUUGCAGAAGCUCUUGGAAUCGAGCAGCUCUUCCCAGCCUCAUCCUUUUUGGGCACAACCCCUUCUUUUCCUCUAUUUUUCCACUACUUUUUGAAAAGAGAGAAAAACGUAUUUUUUAUUCAUAAUAUAAUCUAUAUUUAUGUGUGUGAGAGAGGGGGGUGAUCCUCAUAUUUUCUUUAAAAGCUAUUUAUGAUGCUUUAUUUUUUUAAGGGUGGGGAAACACCAGGAAUGUUCAUCCCCUCU